UCAUUGUUAUUGAAAGUCGAGUCACAAUAAGGAUGUUUCGUGCGAUGUUGAUGAACGUACAAUGCACGUUAACGAUACAAGUUUGGCACAAAUGAAUGUCCCUUUCCAGUUAUUGAACAGCAAAAGGUGUAUGUCGGCAGUUGAAAAGCCGUUUAAAAGCAUCCGCUGACCAAAAACAUCAAGGAAGCAAAUCAUGCAUAUGAAAAGCUCAUAAAUUUCUUAACAGCUUGACGAUGGACGAAACAAUCAAAGUACGCUUAGCACUCGAAAGCGACUAUAUGCAAGUGGUGAAAAUGUCAAAAGGCAUCUACGAAGGGUUUGACUACCUUCCACAGUGUUACCAUGUGUGGCUACGUCAGCCAAACCGGCACGUUUUUGUAGCGGUAGCCGGGGAACAAAUCAUUGGUCUGACUUCUGCUUGGCUGAUUGACAAUGGAAAGACGCUUUUAUCUCAGGCAGGCAGAGUGAAUCCGGACUAUCGCGGGCAAGGUGUCUACAGAAAGCUCGAAAAAGAAAAAUGCAAGUUUGUCAAGGAAAAGUAUCCCAAAGUAAGGGUAAUGAGAAUGACUGCUGACAAUAAUGGCGUGUUAGUUCACUUGAAAAUGGGGUCUCAAGUGUUUUACGAAUUGGCUCAUAUACAAUGGGAGCUAAAGGGGGAAAUUGGAAAGGGCCUGCUAGAUGCAUUCCUUGAAACAACGGACAACAUUGUACCAUCGCCUUAUAGUAAGGGAGAAGUUAAGGGGAACAUAAUAAAAAAUAAAGGUGCAGUGGACGCGCUAUUUCUGAAAGGUGAUGCUCUAAUAAACUGGGAAGUGUUCAAAGUAGGUGAGCAAACAAACUUCGACUUAAUAUUCCUAAAAGAUGAUCGAAUGUUCGCUGUGCAAACAUCCCUCGACACUUUUCCAGAGUCAUUUAGUCAUGGUCGGCUGGCUGCGCGUGCGGUAUACCUGUGGACGUGUACAGUGUACACCGCAGACCCAGUCCACCUUCGAGCACACUUGAAGCAGCAACUGAGAGUGGCAAUGGGGGUGAUUCAAGGAGCAUUCCAUUUCGAAGUGUUUUGUGACAAGGAUCUUGCUCAAAAGUGUCAACAUGAUGACCCAACAGCUCGGAGAACAUGGAGUCUUUUUAUACUGGAGAGGGAUUUAAAUAGCACCACCAUUAUAGACAACCUCUAAGAACAAAUUACUAUUUUUGUUUGGGACUCUACAGAUGGAAGCCCAAGACCAACCAUCCGUGAAUAACUUCAGUUUUGAUCAGUUCAUACUUACAUACCUGUCAACCUCCGAAAAUCUCAAGGCUUGAGAAAUGUUUUGAGGG